GUUGCCCUGACAGGUUCUCUUCAAGAUGCCAACGCUGUAGGGGCGGAUGUGGAGGGGGUAUGGAGGCCUGCCGCUACCUUCUCCUUGCUGUUGUACUUCUGGCAGCGCUCCCCCGCCGCACCACCACUUCACUGCAGGAGACUAGCCGAGAGGAGAUCGAGAAGGCACUAGAAACGAUAGAGGAAGUGGCCAGCAACAACUUGGGCCAGCUCUGUGUAUCUCAAAGUUACAGGCUGCUCUCCGUCCCCCUCCAAACUGAUAGGUUUGAGCCGGUGCGCCAGAAGGCAGACUUGGCAGCACUACUUGUUCAAGAGCUUGCUCUUACCAGGCAGUCACAUGGAAACCAAUUUGCACCACAUCAACUUCAUACUGUUGUUGAUGGAGUGGCUCACAGCCUGUUGGGUUCCGAAAGAUCUCUCUUGGCUGCAAGAGUCCUAGCUGUAAACUCAACCACAAAUCUAGUCUCUAGUUGCUCUGUUUGGAGACGUGAGAGAGGAGGGACUGAAUGGCGGGAACCAGGUGAGCUACUGGUGGGCAUAGAAGUACCACAAAGCCUGCCGUGGUACCCACCAACUGGGAUAUUUCAACCAUCCAUGCCUUCAGCUGCAGGUUUCUGGACUUUUCCCUAUUAUUCAUGCCAGGCUAGAUCAUGGGUCAUAUCUUAUAGUGUCACUGUUCCUACUCACAAGCAUGGCAACUCUGGGUAUGUUAGUGUAGAUGUUGACAUAACAAGAUUAGGAAUAAACCAAUGUGACCCUAGCGAACCACAUUCAUCAAAGGAUAACAUGCUUAAUGUCUUUAGGGGCUCUCAUAAAUGCCACAAUACUACUAAGUGUGUUUACUCUGAAAGUGAAAGGAAAUGGUCCCGAGGAAGCUAUGUUUGCCAUUGCAAAGCUGGCUAUUAUAUGGCACAUCCGCAGGUUCCUUUUCUCGGAAAUUUGGUUGAAGCUGCUUGGUUGGAUGCCCUUUCAAAUGGGAGUUCCACAUAUGAAACAUUCCGAUGUGAGAGGUGUGCACCAGGCUGUCAGACUUGUGAUUCUCAUGCUCCCUGCCUUGCCUCUUACAACUGGCCUUUCAGGAUUGGACUUCUGUCGAUAUCUUCGUCAUGCAUCUUCCUCACUCUAUGCCUUAUUGGCUAUGUUUAUCAUAACAGAAGAUUGAAGGUAUUCAAAGUAGCUUCACCGAUCUUCUUAUGCAUAACACUCACUGGAUGUGUCAUUAUGUAUUCCGAGAUGGCAGCUAUAUUUCCAGUUCUUGACAUGUAUACAUGUAUACUUACAAAAUGGACGAGGCACUUUGGUUUCUGUAUUACCUAUACAGCACUUCUUAUGAAGACUUGGAGGGUAUCGUUGACCUACAGAGUGAAGUCAGCUCACAAAGUGAAAUUAACUGACAAGCAAUUACUGCAGUGGAUGUUUCCUAUACUUUUAGUAAUGUUAAUCUAUCUCAGUACUUGGACUCUCUCUGCCCCACCAAUUGGAGAGGACAUCAAAGAUAACUCCGGUCUUUUAUUUAAGCAGUGUACUUAUAACUGGUGGGAUCACAGUAUUGCAAUCGGUGAGGUUUUUUUUCUUGCAUGGGGUGUAAGAGUAUGCUACAAUGUGCGUAAUGCGGAAUCGCUCUUUAAUGAAGCACGUUUGAUAAGUUAUGCAAUAUACAACAUUGCCCUAGUAAACAUAAUGAUGGUUGCUUUUCACCUAUUUCUCUUUCCACGAGCUGGUCCCGACAUAAAGUAUCUGUUAGGUUUUAUAAGAACACAACUUAGCACAUCAGUUACAGUGGCAUUAGUUUUCGGUCCAAAAGUUUUACGGGUGAUUCGUGGCCAAGGAGAUCAGUGGGACAAGAGAGCCAGAGCUAGAGCCGUAACUGCUUCCUUCUCAUUGAAUGGAAUUGGUUUGGUUGCUGAUGAAACCACUGAUCUGUAUCAAGAAAAUGAGGAAUUAAAGGAAGAAAUUCAGAAAUUGGCUGGUCAAAUUGAGUUCAUGAAGAUUGUAAGUAUGGAGGUAAAUAACAGACAUGUGAAACCUAAACCAGGAGGAUAUUUCAGUGGCAUAGUGGGAGCAGGAAUGCAUCUGCAGAGUCCGCGAACUCCAAGGGAACCUCAAAAUUCUGGGAGUGAGAGUAGAGAUCAUGUCUGACAGGGUGAGAAAAAAAGUGAAGUUUGGUUAUAAUAGGUGUCAAUCAACUUGUAUAAGCCGAAAAUAUAUUUCAUUCUUAUUAUUUUAUCAGGGUUCUUGUAUAUAAAUAUAUUUUAUAUUUAUAUGAGUAAGCAUUAAAAUUUUGUAUUACAGGAUGCAGUUAAAUUAUAUUUAAUUUAAUUCUUAUUGUAAAUAUGAUAAUUUAAUUUGUUUCUUAUUUAUCAGGGUUACAAAAAAAACAUGUAUAGUUAUAUAUAUGCCCUUUGCCU